UUCCUGGACUUCUUCUCCGGAGCCCAGGCAGAGCGCGCCCCUGCCCAGUCCAGUGACCUUCGCCUGUCUGAGCCCUGGUUAAUUUUUGCCCAGUCUGCAGGCUGUGGGGCUCCUCCCCUCUGGGAUAUAAGCCUGGCCCCCGGCUGACCUGCUCUCUGCCUGCCCUGAGCCUCCCGAGCUCCCUCCCAUCCUCACCAUGGCCAAGGGCUUCUACAUUUCCAAGGGCCUCGGCAUCCUGGGCAUCGUCCUGGGUAUAGCGGCCGUGUGCACGAUCAUCGCCCUGUCCGUGGUGUAUGCCCAAGAGAAGAACAAGAAUGUUGAGAGUGCCACCCAGGCCCCCACCAGCACAGCCACCACCCCCACGGCUGCCACCACCUUGGACCAGAGCAAGCCAUGGAACCGAUACCGCCUCCCCAAGACACUGGAGCCCGACUCCUACCAGGUGACGCUGAGGCCCUACCUCACCGCCAGAGAAAACAAUCUGUACAUCUUCGAGGGCUCAAGCAGUGUUCACUUCCGGUGCAAGGAGCCCACCAAUGUCAUCAUCAUCCACAGCAAGAAGCUCAAUUACAGCACCACCGCCCAGGGGCACAUGGUGACCCUGCGGACCCUGGAGGGCGAUAAGGCCCCUGAUAUUGACAAGACCGAGCUGGUAGAGGUCACUGAGUACCUGGUGGUGCACCUGAAGGGUGAGCUGAAGGCGGGCAGCCUGUAUGAGAUGAAUGCUACGUUUAAGGGCGAGCUGGCUGAUGACCUGGCGGGCUUCUACCGCAGCGAGUACAUGGACGGCAGCGAAAAAAAGGUGCUGGCCACGACACAGAUGCAGUCUGCAGAUGCCCGGAAAUCCUUCCCAUGCUUCGACGAGCCAGCCAUGAAGGCCAGGUUUAACAUCACCCUCAUCCACCUCAGUAACUACACGGCCCUGUCCAACAUGCAGCCCAAAGGUCCCAGUGUCCCGUUUGAGGGAGACCCCGCCUGGAAUAUCACCGAGUUCCACACCACCCCUGUCAUGUCCACAUACCUGCUGGCCUACAUCGUGUGCGAGUUCACACAUGUGGAGGAGUCGAAUCCGACGAACAAGGACGUCCUGAUCCGGAUCUGGUCUCGGCCGAGUGCAACCAGUGAGGGCCAUGGCAUGUACGCCUUGAACGUGACAGGCCCCAUCCUACGCUUCUUUGAACAACACUACAACACACCCUACCCCCUCCCAAAAUCCGACCAGAUCGCUUUGCCCGACUUCAAUGCCGGUGCCAUGGAGAACUGGGGGCUGGUGACCUACCGGGAGAGCGCUCUGCUGUUUGACCCUGCGUCCUCCUCCAGCAGCAACAAGGAGCGGGUGGUCACCGUGAUUGCACAUGAGCUGGCUCACCAGUGGUUUGGGAACUUGGUGACCGUGGCCUGGUGGAAUGACCUGUGGCUGAACGAGGGCUUUGCCUCCUACGUGGAGUACCUGGGCGCCAACAAUGCAGAGCCCAGCUGGAACCUGAAAGACCUCAUAGUGCAGAACGAACUGUACCGUGUGAUGGCCGUGGAUGCCCUGGCUUCCUCCCACCCACUGUCCACCCCUGCCGAGGAGGUCAACACGCCAGCCCAGAUCAGUGAGAUGUUCGACUCCAUCUCCUAUAGCAAGGGAGCCUCUGUCCUCAGGAUGCUCUCCAGCUUCCUGUCUGAGGAUGUGUUCAAGGAGGGCCUGGCGUCCUAUCUCAAAGCCUUUGCCUACAAGAGCACCACCUACCUGGACCUGUGGGACCACCUGCAGAAGGCUGUGAACAAUCAUUCGUCUGUCAAGCUGCCUCAGUCUGUGAGGUCCAUCAUGGACCGCUGGAUCCUGCAGAUGGGCUUCCCUGUCAUCACUUUGGACACCAAGACAGGGAACAUCUCCCAGAAGCACUUCCUCCUUGACCCUGAGUCCAUCGUCACCCGCCCCUCAGAAUUCAACUACCUGUGGAUUGUUCACAUCUCGUCUCUGAAAAACGGCAACACGCAGAAUGACUUCUGGCUGGAGGAAGCCAGCAAAAUCCAGGAUCAGUUCAAAACCACAGGCACUGAUUGGGUCCUGCUGAAUGUCAAUGUGACGGGCUAUUACCAGGUGAACUAUGACGCAGAGAACUGGAGAAAGAUUCAGGAUCAGCUGCAGAAAAACCUGUUGGUCAUCCCCGUCAUCAAUCGGGCGCAGGUCAUCCAUGAUGCCUUUGACCUGGCCAGUGCCGGCAUGGUCCCUGUCACCCUGGCGCUGAACAAUACCCUCUUCUUGAAUAAAGAGACAGAAUACCUGCCCUGGCAGGCCGCCCUGAGCAGCCUGAGCUACUUCAAGCUCAUGUUCGACCGCUCUGAGGUCUACAGCUCCAUGCAGAAAUACCUGAAGAAACAGGUCACACCCCUCUUCAAUCAUUUUGAAGAUGCCACCAAGAACUGGACUCAGCGCCCAGAAAACCUGAUGGACCAGUACAACGAGAUUAACGCCAUCAGCACCGCCUGCUCCAGUGGGCUUCCUGCGUGUGAGGCACUGGUGUCAAGACUUUUCUCCCAGUGGAUGGCUAACCCCAAUAAUAACCCGAUCCACCCCAACCUUCGGUCCACCGUCUACUGCAACGCCAUUGCCCAGGGUGGCGAAGAGGAGUGGAACUUUGCCUGGGACCAGUUCAAGAAAGCCACGGUGGUGAACGAAGCUGACAAGCUCCGAGCGGCCCUGGCCUGCAGCAAGCAGGUCUGGAUCUUGAACAGGUACCUGACCUACACCCUGAACCCUGAGCUCAUCCGGAAGCAGGACGCCACCUCCACCAUCAGCAGCGUCGCCAGCAAUGUUAUUGGGCAAAACCUGGCCUGGGACUUUGUCCAGAGCAACUGGAAGAAGCUCUUCAAUGAUUAUGGCGGUGGCUCCUUCUCGUUCUCCAACCUCAUCCAGGCAGUGACUCGACGGUUCUCCACCGAGCAUGAGCUGCAGCAGCUGGAGCAGUUCAAGAAGAACAACAUGGACACCGGCUUCGGCUCAGCCACCCGGGCCCUGGAGCAAGCCCUGGAGAAGACCAAAGCCAACAUCAAGUGGGUGAAGGAAAACAAGGAUGUGGUGAACAGCUGGUUCACAGCCAACAGCAACUAGUCCCCGGUGCCAUUGCCUGGCCCCACGUGAGAUGCCCACAGGUGUCUGCCGCAGUGGCCCACCAGGGGCCCCGUUCCUGGAGCCUGAGGCUCCAGCAUUCUCCCCUCAGGGACUAAGUCCUAGCCCCCCAGUUCUCUCUCCUCGGCCUGUGGGGCCAGUCCAGCUCCUGAUGACAAGCCCUUCCAAGCACCUCCCAGCCCUGCCCCUCGUGCCAACUGCACCCCAGGCCUGGCGUGGCUCUUGCCGCCCAGGCCCUGGGGCUGAUCUCAGGGAAGCCCAGCUCCAGGGCCAGAGGAGCAAAACCCUAGGUAGACUGUGGAUGACCUUGGAGCUGCCUCGCGCCCUCUCACCUUCCCAUGAAGACCCUGAACCUGGGGGCUCAACAGGACA